GGAACCUUUCCUCCUGGCUUCUGAGGAUUUCUGCUUUCCUCUCUUGUUCCAGCAGAACUGAUGGUGCUCUGCUGGCUGGGACACAACUUCCCCUUUGGAGGGGGUACUUUAGACUCACUUCUGCAGGGCUCGUCCAGGAGGCUAGGUAGCUCUGCCAUUACUGCUGCCAUCUGCUGGUGGACCAGAAUAUGGUGGCUGUGACGUUCAUUUUGACUAUGGGACUACUUCUGUAUCCAGGAUCAUAUGCAAACAAGGAGACAGACAUCUGUAAGCACACUUUAUCCUGCUCAGAGUGCAUCAAGUCCCAUCCCAGCUGCGUCUGGUGCUCAGCUAAGAAUUUUACACAAGGAGGCGAGUCAGAAGGUUCUCGAUGUGCCACCCGUCUGGAACUCCUCCAGCGUGGAUGUGAUGAAAAACAAUUGAUGGACCCGAAAGGACUUGUUCAGUUCCUUAAGGAUGUGCCCUUGAGUGACAAUGCUGAUGAAGAGACAGUCACACAACUAGCUCCACAGAAGGUCUAUCUAAAGCUACGCCCUGGAGAGAAAAGAACAUUUCAAGUGAGAUUCAAACGUGCCGAGGGGUACCCUAUUGAUCUCUAUUACCUGAUGGACUUGUCUUACUCCAUGAAGGAUGAUUUGGAAAAUGUGAAGAAAUUAGGAAGUGACAUUCAAGAAGUGCUACACAAUGUCACCAAGUCUGUACGCAUUGGUUUCGGCUCAUUCGUGGAUAAGACAGUGUUACCAUUUGUGAACACCAUGAAAUGGCACAUGCAGAAUCCUUGUCCAUCCCGAACAGAGAGCUGUCAGCCGCCCUUCAGCUACCGCCACGUCCUGUCUUUAACUUCAAAUCUAACCUUAUUCCAACAACGAGUCAGUGCUGAGAAUAUCUCAGGAAAUCUGGACACGCCCGAGGGAGGAUUUGAUGCCAUACUACAGGCAGCUGUGUGCACUGAUCACAUCGGCUGGAGGAACGUUACGCGGCUGUUGGUCUUUGCCUCUGAUGAUGUCUUUCACAUGGCAGGGGAUGGUAAAUUGGGUGGUAUCUAUAUCCCCACCGAUGGGCACUGCCACCUAAAUGAGAAUGGAGAGUAUUACAACAGUAAUAUGUUUGAUUAUCCAUCAGUCGGGCAUCUUUCGCAGAUCCUUACAGCAGCCAAUAUUCAACCUAUAUUUGCGGUCACAAGUAAUGUCCUCCCCACCUAUCAGGGGCUAAGUGAGCUGAUUCCUAAAUCUGCAGUGGGCGAAUUAAAGGAAGAUUCCAGCAACGUGGUUAAUCUGAUUUCUCAAGCCUACAAUAAUUUGUCAUCCACGGUGAACUUGGAACAUGUGAAUUUACCAAAAGGAAUUCACAUCUCCUAUGAUUCCCAUUGUCCUGACUUGACGAAGCAAGGGAAGCCACACGGUCUGUGCUCAGGGGUCAAAAUAAACCAAAUGGUAGAUUUUAACGUGACAUUAUGGAUGGAUGAGAAGACCUGCCAGGAUGGACUCCAGAGCUUCAAGCUCAGGGUGCUGGGAUUCAACGAAGAGAUAAAUGUGGACGUUGAGCCUGUAUGUAAUUGUGACUGCAAGGAGGAGGAGGCCUUCUCCAGUUACUGCACUGGGGGUUAUGGAAACUACAGCUGUGGCAUCUGCAGCUGCGUGGAAGGUUAUAAAGGAAAACACUGUGAAUGCCACCAAAACAAAUAUGAUUCCAAUGAAGGCUGCAUCAAUGGCUCACUGACGUGUAAUGGACGUGGAAAGUGUGAAUGUGGGCGCUGCGCAUGCAAUAAGCACGUACGAGGACAGUUUUGCGAGUGUGAUGAUGCGAGCUGUGAAAGAUAUGAAGGACAGCUAUGUGGAGGUCUCAGCAGGGGAGUCUGUAAUUGUGGUACCUGUAAGUGUACUUCCAACUACACCGGCAGCGCAUGCGGCUGCAGCCUGGAUACCGGCGCUUGUAUGACACCUAAUGGUAUAUGCAGUGGACAUGGAAAGUGCCAAUGCAGCAAAUGUGUCUGUGACAAGGGGUACUUCAACAAGCUGUGCAGCGACUGCCCUGGAUGCCAGACGCCAUGCCAGAAGUACAGUGCAUGUGCAGAGUGUAAGGCGUUUACAACCGAACUGCUGAAGGAGAACUGCACCCUAUAUUGUGGCCAUGUCAAAGUCACCAUGCUGAAAGCUUCAGAGUGGAGGGGGAAGGAGAAGGACGUCUGGUGCCAAGAGAAAGGGGAAGACUCACUUAUAACUUUCCACGUCACAGAGGAUGGAGAUUUAGUUCAUAUUCUUGUAAAGGAAAAGCAAGAGAUCCAAGAUCAUAGACAGAAACUCAUCCUGGGCUUGGUUCUGGGUAUAGUUUCCUUUGGGUUACUCAUUAUUAUUGUGUAUCGAGUCACCGUGGAGGUGUAUGACCGUCAGGAGUACCGUCGCUUCAUGAAAGCACGACACCAGGAGCAGUGGAAUGAUGCCCAAAACCCACUUUAUAAAAGUGCUAUAACCACUGUGGUAAACCCACAUUUCUUGCAAGAAUAAUUAGCAUCUCCUUACCUGGGAAGUACAAGAGAGUGUUAAUAGAAUACAUGAACCAACAACAUUCGAGAAAUUCACAAGGGUUUCAGAGAACAUGUAGACAUAACGGAUCUCCAACACCAUGCUGAAACACUGUAGAGGAAAGUGCCAGAAUUGGUGUAGGUAUACCAAAUAUUAAUAAUUAAUAUUCCCUUUAACAAAACACAAGGACUAAAAUUGUCAUGAAAAAUACAGUAAUAUCCACUGGACACAGAAGAACAAACUACCUUCAAAUGGAUCUUUUGUUAGAAGAGCCACCCGGAUGAUCGCAAACUAGGACCCCCAGCAAUAAUGUACGGGAAUCCAGCAGCAAGUGUUCAGUUUGCCUGCAGCGCCUCCACAGGAGAAAUCAAGCAUUAAACAGAGUCCACUGAAAAGCACAGAUGUGACAUUCCCUCCACUGCAAAGGACGCACUUUGUAGCUGUUCUCUGCUCCGGCUAAUUGAAGGUCACAAAUGAGGAACGUCCUCUAUUAUCCUGGAAGGCCUCUAACUGUCAUCAACUCAAGGGGGAACAGCAUGUCUCUCAUUGCAGAUUCUGGGCACACAGCUUGGGGUCUGGGACAGGCAAUACCACUUCUGGUAGUUGUGUGGAUGAUUUAAAUCAGGGAUGCUCAACCUGCAGCCCUCCAGCUGUUGCAGGACUACAACUCCCAGCAUAUAUAGCUGUGGGCUUUCCAGGCAUGCUGGGAGAUAUAGUUUUGCAACAGCUGGAGGGCAACAGGUUGGGCAUCCCUGUGUUAAAUGAUACCUGUCACCUUCACUAUGCUGCAUAGUGUAGUGAUAGAUCUUCAGAUUUCAGAGGUCUGUCACUAAUGGUACGGCAGUCAGUGAGGGGGAUGAGUCUGAUGAGGCUUGCUGUCCCCACUGUGACCCGCCUCUGGAGGAUGAUUGACAGGUUUCCUACCUUUGCAAAAGCAGGAGGUGGGGGAGGGGCAACAAGCAGUAUCGGACAUAUCUCACCCGCAGCGUUAGCUGCACGGUUUGGCAUGUUAGUACUGACUGCCAUCACAGAAGUGACAGACUGCUGAAAUCAGCGGGUCUGCACUACACUAUGCCCUCUGUGAGGGCAGCACAGUGCAAGUGACAGGGCCCCUUUAAGCCCUACAAUUAACAGCCAUUUUUGAUACCACAGCUGAACCUCUCCAAUAGGAAAGUAAUAUCAGGGAAUAUUAUUUGCUGUAUGAAUUGACUAUACACUGAUGUUUCCUUAACUAUGUAGUCGUCCUAUAAAAGCUUCUCAAGGGCUUGUAAAAGCUUAAAAUCUAAAAA